UAUCAACAACGCCCAAGAACCUCCACUCGCGGGGCCGCCAGUGACGUGAGGCGGAGCCUGAACAGAACGCACGCAGACCACCGUCCCGAGCGCCCGACGAUAACCACCUCCAACCACCUCACCUUCUAACUCGCGGCUCAAUCCUCGCGUGCCUCUGAUCGCCCUUUGCCCACGUAGCAAUUGAACAUCGCAAUAGAUCUGGAUCACACAUAAUACUAGCCCAUCAUGUUCGUCCUUCCCCCUCCCCCGCGAUACCCCUCGCACUCGGGCGCCUACGGCGCGAUCGGCGCCGGCAUCGCCCCCAUGAUCGAGACGAACAACAUCCUUUCCAACCCCGAAGGCCCCGAAUACCAGUUCCUUGUCGGCGAGGGUACCUACGUCCUCAAAGAGUGCCUCCAUCUCGCCACUCCUCCACCGCAUCCCUCUGAGGCCCCCGUCGUCAAUCCCAACCCGCUUGCCACAACCCCCCAGCCUGCCUCCGCCGGCACCAAGCUCUCCCUCAUCUCUCUCGAUGUCCGCGCCGCACCCCCCUUCUUCUACAACAAGGGCGCCAGCACGUCCACCACGCUCUCCUCCUCCCUCGGCGGUGACAUCCAAGAACACCCCAACGAAGGGCGGUACUCCACCGAGGCUGGGCUUAGCAGCGAUGGAGGGGACGGCCGCGGUGCCUCCCUCAGCGACGGCGUUGCGCCCCCGACGUCGUCAUUGACAAUGGUUUCGGCGCCGGCGUUCGGGGACGGAAACACGGCGCUCGCGCCGGCCAAUACCAAGGACGCGGCCAAGAAGAAGGUGGCCAAGCCCAAGAACAACAUGACCAAGAGCAACUCGUCCUUCAUUUCUAGAGUCAUUGUGAACGAGAGCUUGGCCAAGAAGCUUCAGGAGCGGCCGACGGAUGGCGUUUUUGCUUUUGCCAAUAUCAAUCGAGCGUUUCAGUGGCUGGAUCUAUCAUCACCAACAAAGGCCGACUACCUGACCAAGAUUCUAUUUACAAAGGCGCAUUGCCUGUGUCACGACGUGAAUCCCAUCACCAAGAACAUUGCACACAUUGAUGUCAUCAUGGGCUUCUCAACAGGAGAAAUCAUCUGGUGGGAACCUGUUUCGCAACGGUAUACUCGAUUGAACAAGAAUGGCAUCAUCAACGGCACACCAGUAUCAGAAAUCCGUUGGAUACCAGGUUCCGAGUCCCUCUUCCUGGCAGCGCACAUGGACGGCUCGCUGGUGGUCUACGACAAGGACAAGGAGGACGCGCAGUUCUCUCCCGAGGAGGAGCAGCUCGCGACGACCAACGGCUCAUCGACAAAUGGAGAGAGCGAUUCGUCGACCAACGGCGUCAACCACAACCUCAAGAUCCAGAUCAACAAGUCGGUCCACUCAAAGAACCAAAAGACGAAUCCCGUGGCAUCGUGGAAGCUGUCGAAUCAGCGCAUCAACGCGUUCGCUUUUAGUCCGGACAAUAGGCAUCUGGCAGUCGUCUCGGAGGACGGCUCCCUCCGCAUUAUCGAUUACUUGAAAGAGAAGUUGCUGGAUCUCUACAAUUCGUAUUAUGGCGGCUUCAUCUGCAUCACAUGGUCACCGGACGGCAAGUACGUUCUGACGGGAGGCCAAGAUGACCUCAUCUCCAUCUGGUCCGUCGUAGACUCGGCCAUUGUCGCCCGCUGUCAAGGUCACCAGUCAUGGGUGACAUCGGUGGCAUUCGACCCAUGGCGUUGCGACGACAGGAACUAUCGGUUCGGCAGUGUCGGCGAAGACUGCAGGUUAUGCCUGUGGGAUUUUAACGUUGGCAUGCUGCACCGGCCCAAGGCGGCUUCCGUUCAUCACCGAGGCUCCGUAUCAUCACGGUUCGCCAAUCCCUUGCAGAGACAAGAGACGACCAACACGGCAGCGAGCCGCAUCCGGUCCAACUCGACUCUCUCUGGAGGCGCGGUGGACGAAGACGGCAGCAGCAUCGUUCACCCAGUCGAGCCUCGCGCGAGGAUCGCCAUGCUACCUCCUGUUUCUUCCAAGGCAGUUGAUACCCAUCCUCUUUGCUGGCUGGAAUUUACAGAGGAAGCCAUCAUCACAAGUUGCAAGAAUGGUCAUAUUCGAACAUGGAACAGGCCGACUGAUGCUCCGGUGCCGACGGAGGGUGCCUCUCAACCAUCUUAGCCGCAUAUGCGUCGUUUUGUGGAAUGAUAAUGAGUUGGCUACCCUUUGCUUUUUCGUUUCGUUGCAGAUAUUGGGGGAGUCGAGGUGUAGAAAUCGUGUCAGCCAAUGCAUCCACCCUUUACGCGGGGGCUUUGUCCAUAACUCUUUUCCCAAAAGUACUUUUGCGCUCAAUGUCAAUCAACCCGUCUAUUGUCCAAAUGCAGAACAAAUGCAGAACAUUGUGUCAGAAUAUCUGAUUCUCUGUUUUUUUUUCGCCUCAAUCUUCUGUUGAUGUGCGCUCCCAUCACGAGGGUUUCGAGAUGAUCAUGACGUGCGCGAUCUGCAUGUGAUUCGA